AUGUCUGUCGAGGCCCCUAAGACCGUUGAAGAGACGCCUGUCGUCGAUGCCACCAAGGCUGUGGAUGAGCAACCUGAGACGGCAGUGGCGGCACCAGUAGAGAACUCUGCAGCACCCGUUGAAACCGCCCCAGCCACAGAGCCUACACCUGCAGUUGCCACUGAAGAAACAGGUGCAACUCCGGUGACUGAGGAAGUCAAGAAAGAUGAGGCCGUGGAAUCGGUCCCCGUUUCAGAAGGCAACCUUGGAUACAAGGAACCUGGUUUCUUCAAGAAAUUCAUCUAUAGCAAACAUUUCUUCUGGUUCUCUGAGGAGCCAUCCAGCACUGAAUCAUUGAGCGCUUUCCUUCGACAGGAGAAGGAGAAAGCUGAUACCAAGCACUCUUCCGCUGCCUGGGCACGUGAGACAGGUAAGGGGCUGCUCUUCUACGCAAAGAGACCCGAGGACAAAGCUAGCCCCGCUGGCAUCAUCAACUUGUCGGAGGCAUCAGCUGUGACCAAAGAAGGACUGCAAUUCUCAUUCAGAGUGGGUACCCACCAACACCGCUUCGAAGCCACUACUUCAAAAGAGCGCGAUGGCUGGCUUGUCGCAAUUGAGAAGGCAAUUGAAGAAGCAAAGGAGCUGAAAGACGAGCUCACAGCCCGUGAAAGCUACAAGAAAAAUGUCGAGGAGUACUCUAAACCCACCAUUGCUGCUCCAGUCGUGCCGAAGACGUCCCGCUCCAAGUCCAAGGAGCCCAAGAAGUCUAUUGACACGGCUACCGCCACUGCUGCCACCACUACCGCACCAGUUGCUGCUGAGACUGCAAGCACUUCAUCCAAGAGCUCUGACGAGGCAACUAAGACUGCGAAGAAGGAUAAAGAACGAUCCCAGUCCCGCAAGCGUGGCAGCAUUUUCGGAAAUUUCCUUGGCAAGAAGGACGAACAUGCUGAGAAGAAGGAAGAGAAGGUAGAGACCAAGAAGGAGGUGAAGGAAGAGAAAAACAUCGAAGCCGAAGAGAAGAAAGAGGAGGCCAAGGCGAGCGAUGAGCCAACCGCUAAACCCGCCGUCGAAGCUGCCGAGGCAUCCGCCGCAGCCGCCGCGGUUACUGUUGCCCCUGCUGCUGUCGUUGCUACCUCCGACAAGAAGGAAGACAAGGAAGAGGGAACUCCAAGUCCCGCCGAGAAGAAGAGCAAGCGUGGCUCUGUCUUCGGUAGCUUGUUCAAGAAGAACGUGACAAGCCCAACCACUGAGAAGACGGAGAAGGAUGCUACCACCUCCGAUGUCCCUCCCGUCUCUGAGACUGCUCCUAAACUUGAUGAGCCCAUUGAAAACAAGCCCAUCGAUACUGCUGCUGUAACUGCUCCUGCCGACAACGUUGAAUCACCUGCCGCAUCUACCGAGCCAACCAAAGAUGCCACCACCCCCGCUGCCGGCGAUACUGCUACCACUCCCAAGGCCGAGAAGAAAGGUGGCAUUCUAGGUUUCAUUAAGAAGACCGAGGCCAAACUUGAGGGCAAGAAGGAGCACAAGGAGGAAGCCAAGGAAGAGCAGGCUGGUGAAACCAUCGCAAAGGAUCCAGUUGCCGCUGCUGCGGUCCCAGAGACUUCUACUGAACCCACCACCACUGACAACGCCAUUGAAGCUGCUAGUAAAGAAGAGCGCCCUGCUCGUGACAACCAGCGUCGUACAUCUCUCUUCUUCAAGAAUAAGAAAGAGACUACCAGUGAUGCUGAAGGUACGACUGAGACCAAGCGUGAAAAGUCUCCCCUCCCAGGCAAGUUCAUUGGCAAUCUUGUGCGUCGCGCUAGCAAAGCCGUCAAGUCUGAGCCAAAGGAGAAGUCUGCCACCGAAGCCGCCCCAGCUGAACCUGCCACCAAGGAGGUACCAGUCGAAACCACUCCAGCUACCACUGAAGCCACUGAAAGCAACAUUGUCGGCGAUGUAGUCCCAGAAACUCUCCACACCACUCCAGAAACUGCUGCUCCUGCAGUUGCCCCUGAGGUCAAGGCGACGGCUUGA